AUGGGCUUCUGGGACACCAUAACCGACCUCGUCGAGGCUGCCACCCCGUGGACAACGGCUGACGCCGAGGCCCCCGCCGACCAGCCCGAGGAGACCAGCACCGAAACCCCCAAGGAGGAGGCAACUGAGACCAAGCCCGAGGCGAAGGAGGCAGAGCCGGAGGAGGCGGCUGAAGAGGAAGAGGAGGAAGAAGAGGAGGAGGAGGAGGAGCCAGUUGACCCCAAAGAGACUCUCGAGGAAGAAUGCCGGAAUUCUAAGCAGUGCGCUCCGGCGAAGCACCACUUCGAUGAGUGCGUUGAGCGCGUUACCAAAGCUGAAGCUGACAGCGACAACAAGGAGGACUGCGUUGAGGAGUUCUUCCAUCUUGCCCACUGUGCGACCCAAUGCGCUGCUCCCAAGCUGUGGUCUGUUCUCAAAUAA